UGACACCUUCAAAGACGGCGCCUGCACGUCAGAAACCAUCCUGAAGGAGCAGCAGAGCUGGGUGUUGGCACUGUGGGCUGUGGACUGGCUUGAAGAGGACUACUGAGUAGAUAGACAGAGGUCAACCCCACCCAACCUCAGCAACUACUAGCAUGGCUACAGCGAGCACCUCAGGGCAGAGCACCUUCGGACUCGGAAGGAAAAAGAAGACCCCUGGUCUCAUGGAUCAGAUUACCAAGUUCUUUGGAGGAGACAAAAAGAAAAGGAGCAAGGGGUCGUUCCGAGGUCACCUGGCCUCCUCACCCCAGCAAUCCUCUGCUCGCCGCCGGACCAAUGAAAAUGCUGUGGUGCAUUUCUUCAGGAGCUUUGUUUCCUCUCCUCGUCCUAAAUCCAGGUGGAGAGACGUCUUGGGCUUGGCCUCGUCGCCGCGUGCUGAGAGCACAAAGUCACCGGUCAGAAGACGCAGAGACCAAAGCACACUCUCCAGGAUCUUCAACCUGGGAGAUACCAAGUCCCGUCCACCCCCUAAACGCUGGAGCACCAUCUUCUAAGCUCUCCGCCGAGGACCAAACCACAGAUCCAACACCAAUGGGACAAGACAAAAGUGGGGAACAAGAUCUGCAAGUGGCGGCGUCACAACCUCAAGAAAUGUUAAUCCACUAACACAAGGCUUCCUGUAUGUUUUUGUCAGAGUAUGAAAUCCACUCUCCAGGGAUGUAGGUGGUCACUGGGCCUUUUUUGUUUUAAUCCUAGAUAUCUUGUCUAGCUGUUUAUAAGAGGUUUGGUCGUGCUUUUAGUAAAAUAUCUUACUGUAAAAAUCACCCAUUUGAGUAUCUUGGUCUGAUGGUGCUAGUGUCUGCUGUCUGCAGGUUUGUUCAUGGCAGAUGUUUUUGUAUUUGUCUCCCGUCAUCUGCAUUUUGUAUGAGUGAUGCUUUGUGUAUCCUGCUGAAAAAAAAAGACUUACACACCAAACAUACGCUUGUUUUUGUUUCACAUGUGAAAUCCAGACGGAGAGUGGUCCUGUUUGUGGCUGAGUGAAAUGUAUGUUGCAAAGCAUUUGAAAACACACCUGGAAACCUCCAGUAUAUAUGAGUAGUACGGACUCUAAUAUAGUUUUGAUGUAACAGUUUUUCUUUCAUUAUGGUUCAGUGUAAUUAAUAAACAUGUACAGUAUGAUGUUUUUCCAAAAAUAGAAUAAAAUGCCCUUUUCAGAUGCACUGUUACAUAACUAAAGAAUGUCCUAAAAACAACUGGUCUGCUCUCUUUUCUAUAGUAGCUUUGUAUGGAUCUCAUUUAUUGCGAGUUAUCUGUUUGCAUCUUAAAUUAAGUUUGAACUUUAAAUGUUAUUUGUGUUUAUCUUAGAUGAUGACAGACAACAGUUUCUUUUAUCUGAUGGUGAGAUAGUAAGUGGUUCAAAGGUUUAAGGCGGAAGCACAGAGUUGGUGAGGAGCACCGAAGGACAGCAUGUUGAUUUCAAUGUUCUGACGCAUAAUUUGUUGAUUUCAUUUUGUUCAUAAUAAAUGACACUGCCACUC